CUCUUUUGUUUAUUUGAUUUUUAGCGAUUCUCAAUUAAUAUCUUUGAUUUCUUUUUCUUAUGUAGUUCACCUUAAGGUGUUCUCCCGUUAUUUGAAGUCCAACUCCUUCCACUCGUGCAUAUUCAAACAUUCUUUAUCAACUAUACACUUCUUAUCUUCUUUAAUGCCUUUUUGGGCCCUAGUGUUAUUAAUUUAUUCACAAAAGUAUCGAAAUGGGACCAAACCAGACUAUUAGCAAUUACCAACUAGGCGAUUGUAUUGGGAAGGGUGCAUUUGGCUCGGUAUAUAGAGCGCUGAACUGGGAAACCGGAGAAGUUGUAGCAGUCAAACAAGUUAAGAUAAGCAAUAUACCAAAAUCUGAAUUGAACUUUAUUAUGACGGAAAUUGAUUUAUUAAAAAAUCUUAACCAUCAAAAUAUUGUACAAUAUAAAGGACGUCACAAGGAAACAGAAUAUUUAUAUAUAAUAUUGGAAUUUUGUGAAAGUGGUUCUCUGCAUAAUAUAUGUAAAAAGUUUGGGAAAUUUCCUGAGAACCUUGUUGCUAUUUAUAUAAGUCAAGUUUUAGAGGGUUUGCUCUAUCUUCACGAUCAAGGUGUAAUACAUCGUGACAUCAAGGGUGCAAACAUUUUAACAACUAAAGAAGGUAUUGUAAAACUUGCCGAUUUUGGUGUUGCUACAAAAACUACAACUUUAAGCGACUUUACUGUAGUUGGAUCACCUUAUUGGAUGGCUCCAGAAAUAAUUGAAUUAUCGGGUGCUACUACUUCAUCGGAUAUUUGGAGUGUUGGUUGUGUUGUAAUUGAACUUAUAGAAGGAAAACCUCCCUAUUAUAAUUUAGAUCCAAUGCCUGCACUUUUUCGUAUUGUUCAAGAUGAACAUCCACCUUUACCCGAGAGUGCUUCACCAGUUGUUAAGGAUUUUCUUAUGCAAUGUUUUCAAAAGGAUGGAAAUCUUAGAAUAUCGGCUAAAAAAUUAUUAAAACAUCCUUGGAUAACUAACAUUCGUAAAAAAGCUACAGACUCAGUACCUCAACAAGAGGCUAUAAAGAGUGUUCAAGAAUGGAAUGAGGCUUUAAAAUAUAAGCAUAGGAGAAGGAGAAGUGAAUCAAUUAAACCCACUGGUUCUUUACCGUUAAAUAUGAGCAAAAGAUUUCAACAAACACAAUUAAAUAAUGAUAAUAAUACAAAUUCAUCAUCAUCGCUGCAAACUAAGAAAAAUAAGGGGGAUAAUUUAAAUCCUUCCGUUCCACAACAAAAUCGGCCUCCUAUUAGCCGACAUUUUUCAGACUUUCCAUUUACAAUUGUUGAACCUGAUAAUGAAACCGAUAAUUGGGAUGAUGAUUUUGAUGAAUCUAUAACUACAAAGAUUGCUGCACAUCAAAUUAAGCAAACGAAUCAUAAAGAAAUUGAGGAGGAUAAUGCGCAAACUAUUCGACCUGGACAAUUUCAAAUUAUUCAAAAUGAAGUUAAAAAGAAAAUUUCAACCCGAGAAAAUAUUGUUAAAACUAACGGCAAGGAGAAAAUUACUAAUGAUACUGGAAGUAAUACAGUCAUUAAUUUAAACCCUGAAUCUAAGUUAAGAGUAGUUAAAUCUGCAGUUUCAACUUCAAAUAUGACUGACACAAUUAUAGCUCCGAAAAAUUCUCAAAAACAACAUGGACGGUCCAUAAGUAAUCUUGAAGGUGUAAGAAAAUCUCAAGCAUUAUUAUUAGAUGGUACAAUCGUAUUUCCAGAGACUUCAGUACAUAAGCCUUCAAGCGCAUCAUUUGAUAAUUCAACUGCGAAAAAUGUAAGGAGAUUUAUUUCAGCACAACAGGAAAUAGAGAAUACUGCCAUUCAAGAUUCAAUUACAUCAUCUAAAAUGGUAGUUGUGACCCCACCUCCAGAAAGAUCGUCGUUUACACAACAACAAGCGUUUGAAUUAGAUGUUCAGAAUGAAUUUAAUCAGUAUCGUGAAUCUGAAGAAGAUGAUUAUGAUGAUGUAUUUGCUUCUACUGAUGAUCAAGAUGAAGAUGGCGAGAAUCAUACUUUGAAAUUAAAUACUCGACUAUCUAAUAACAGUUGGCUUGGAGAUGACUUUAGUGAUGAAGAUGAUCCAUUUUUCGAAAUGGAAGAAAAAUUCGACGAAACGGAUAUGGAUGCUAACAUUGCCAGAGAUAAGUAUGCACGAGCUUGUUCGCGUUUGGAGGAACUUAUAAACGCGUUACAACCUAAUGAAAGCGAAAAUCGGUUAAUUUCUAUUUGCGUACAGUUAAUUGAGUUAUUAAUGGAACGUAAAGAACUUAAGAAUCAUUUCAUUAUGCUUCAUGGAGUUAUUCCCAUUCUAGAUAUUUUAGAAAUUUGUUCUUAUACAGAUGUUAUAUCCAAGUUAUUAAAAAUUGUGAAUAUCAUUAUUGAAGAUAAUAUCAAUCUUCAAGAGAAUCUUUGUCUUGUUGGUGGAAUUCCUAUCAUAAUGAAUUUCAUAUCCCGAAGUUACAAUUAUGACAUUCGGCUUGAAGCAGCUAAUUUUAUUAGGCAAAUAUGCCAUACAUCGCUUCAGAUAUUUGUUUCUUGUCGAGGAUUGAAAGUUUUAGUAGAUCUCUUGCAAGAAGAUUAUGCUAAACAUAAGCAAUUAAUAUGGAUAGCAGUGAAUGGAAUUUGGAGUGUAUUUGAACUUCAAAGUCCAACUCCUAAGAAUGAUUUUUGCAGAUUAUUGUCGAAAUAUGGAUUACUUGAUCCACUGUCCAUUACUUUACAUAAUGUAAUUGUUGAUCCUGAUCCUUCAGCUCCAUGUUACGUGAACAAAAUUGUCAAUAUAUUCCUAUUAUUCUCGCAAGCUGAUGCUCAUAUCAAAGAAAUAAUGGCUACACGUACUAGAGUUGUUCCUCGAAUAUUUGAGGACUUAGAUAAAUUAUCACCAAUUUUAACAGUAGCAAUGCUUAAAUGCAUUAAGAAUUUAUCCAUGAAUUCAAAUACCUUGGAAGCUUUACAAAAUGCAGGAACAAUUAAAGUUCUUACUGGUAUUCUUGAUGUUCAAGCUCCACCCUAUGUCACAGAAAUUUCUAAUCAAGUUCUUAAUACUAUGUUUAACCUUUGUCGUAUCAAUAAAUCACGACAAAAAGCAGCCGCUAAUGCAGGAAUUAUUCCUCAUUUGAAAUACUUUGCUUAUAAUAAAUCUCCGCUUAAACAAUUCGCAUUGCCCAUUCUGUGUGAGAUGCCCCACGCUGGAGGUGAUUGCCGUGACUUGUUGUGGAGACAUGAUAUUUUACAGCUUUAUUUAGAUUUGAUGACGGAUCAAUUUUGGCAGGUUAAUGCUAUAGAGGCUAUUCUGGUAUGGUUACAAGAGGAAACUGAGAAAGUUGAACCCGUAUUGCUUCAACCUAAAAAUAUUGAACUUAUUCUGGAAGCAUUUAUUACUGCAAAAGCGAAUUCGUUUGAAAAUAUUCUCGAACCGUUACAUCUUAUUACUCAGUUAUCUCAGUCUGUGACAUGUGCUUUAGCACAGCAAAAUUUUUUCAAACGCCUAUUACAUCGUCUUGGACAUCCUAAACCUGUCGUGAGAUUAAAUCUAUUGAAAAUUUUAAAAUCAGUAUGUGACGUACACCCACAACGAGAAGCAGUUGUUGAACAAUAUGGAUUAUAUAAUAUUAUAGAACAAAUGAGCAAAGAAGAUCCAGCUGUAUUAAUUAAAGAACUGGCUAAAGAAAUUCUUUCGCAGGGGUAUUUCAACCCUAAAGAAGAAAUUUCGUCACAAUUAUUUUCUUCUUCUUUACCAUCUGAUAUUAAUGGAGAAAUUAUAGGAAACGAUAAACUCACGUUAGAUAAAAAAGGGCAAGAACUAAAUAACAUUGAUUUUGAAAAAACAUCGGUUAAAAUUUCUUUUAAGGAGAAAACUAUAAUUGAUGAUGGUAGUUGACUCGGGGAGGUGAGAAAUCACCAACAGCAGCAAAAUAAUUUAAAUCAUCGUAAGGUAUCUCGAAAACGUACAUCAUCAUCAUAUCAAACACGAUCUUUAUCAUCGCCAAAAAGAGAUUAUCCGUUAUCAACUUCACACAUAACACAAUUUCAUUCAGUUCCAAUAACUUUAUCUAC